AUGCCUUGGUUCAUGUUCAACGAGCCCGUGGAUGGCUAUGCCCUGGCCAUCUUUGGGAUCCGCACAGAGACGCAAAGAAACUUCCUGCAGGAAUCACUGCAGAGAGUUGAUAUCACACAGGGGAUGGGGACUGCAACCCUGAUGCUGGACGUGCUUCACAAUGCCUUCAAGAACCCUGAGGAGCUUGUCGACGCCAUCAUUUUCAUUAAUGUCACUGUUUUCUCUGCAGAUGCUCGGCGGCAGGCACUGAUGUGCACUGAUAGUGCUUCCACCUCUGCAGGUGGGGACACGGCGCUGGCUGAGAAGUCAGGCGUCAGGAUUGCACGCACGCCCUACCGCAUCCAGUUCUUCCGCAUGCCAGGGUUCUUCAAGCCAGGGAUGCCCUUCAGCAUCAGGGUUUAUGUCACCAAUGUGGAUGAGUCGCCAGCUGUGGGCGUGUGCAUCUGCAGUGGGGCCCAGCAGAGCAGGACAACAGAGGAAGGGCUGGCCUUCCUGAACCUCAACACAGCUGCUGGCCAGAAAGUCCUGGAGAUAGAGGUGCAGACAUGUGAGGCGGGGCUCAUUCCAGACCAGCAGGCCCGGGUUACCAUGACGGCACAUGCCUACCAGACCCAGAGUGGCUCGGGGAACCUGUUGCACAUCCAGGCAGACUUGCAGCCUCCCAGUGUUGGCUCUACCCUGCAGCUCUUGCUCCAGAUCGGGCAACCAAACAACAAUAUCAAGCAGUUCACCAUCCUGGUGCUGAGCAAGGGGCAGAUUGUGGGUGCCUGGGUGCAGCCGUGCAGCCAGGGCAGCACUGUCACGGGGUGGGGGCUGCAGGUGGAGCCAUCGAUGCUGCCAUCCUUCCGUGUCGUGGCCUUCUAUUACCUGGCAAGUGGAGAGAUUGUGGCCGACGCUAUGUGGCUGGGGAUCAAGGACAGCUGCAUGGGCACUCUCCGCGUGGGCCCCACAGACCUGAUGGAUAUGCUGCGCUCAUUCCGCCCGGAUGGUGAGCUGAGGCUGAUGGUGACGGGUGAUGCCAGGGCCCUGGUGGGGCUGGUGGCUGUGGACCAGGCCCUGUUGACCCUGGGCAAGAAGAACAAGCUGACACAGAAGAAGAUCUGGGACAUGGUGGAGCGAUAUGACAUCGCCUGCAGUGCGGGCAGUGGCCAGAACCAUGUGGGGGUGUUCACGGAUGCUGGCCUGGACAUGGUCACCAACAUUGGCAUCAGAACUGUGGCCAGGACUGAGCUGCUGUGUCCCCAGCAGAGCCAUCGCCGUCACCGAUCCUUGAAGAAGCUAGAAAGGAAGACCAAAGUGGAGGGGUAUGAGAUGCCACUGGAGCGGCAGUGCUGCAUGGCCGGGAUGCAGGAGAGCCCCAUGGGACACACAUGUGAGAAGCGUGUGCACCGUGUGCACCAAGGCCCUUCUUGCCGCGCUGCCUUCCUUGACUGCUGCCGCCUCAGCCAGGACCUGAGCCAGGAGGAGAGGGCCCAGCUGUUGCUUGGGAAAUCUGCUGACUACGAGGACGAGGAGGAGUGCUGGGAGGAAGAUUGCUCUGAGGAGAUGAAUAUGAUGGUGUGCAGCUUCUUCCCCGAGAGCUGGCUCUGGGUGCAGGAGGUCCUGCCAAACACCACUGACAGCUCUGGCAUUGUGAAGCACCAGAUCAAAACCAAAUUGCCUCACUCCAUCACCACCUGGCACAUCCUGGCUGUCAGCAUGAGGAAAGACAGAGAUACUGGGACCUUCAGGGGCUGCAGCUCAGGAGUGAGAGACACCAGCAGGGCUGGGAUUUACGUCUCAGCACCCUACACGGUGCUGGUGAAGUUGCCGUUCUUCGUGGACCUGCGGCUACCUCCAGCUGCCAUCCGCAAUGAACAGUUGGAGCUGCGGGCUGUACUCUACAACUACCUGUCUGAGAAAGUGCGGGUACGCGUGGAGUUCCCAUUCCAGGAGGGGCUGUGCAGUGCGGCACAACCCGAGAAGUCAGCCCGACAGCUAGUGUGGGUGCCGCAAGGUGCUGUCCAAGUUGUGCACUUUGUGGUGGUACCACUGGCACUGGGCAGUGUCAUGGUCGAGGUGCGGGCAUCCGUGUUGACCCAUGGCCUGUACGACUCUGUGAGGAAGAUCUUCACUGUGCAGGGGGAGAACAGCAGCGACUCCAGCGCAGCAUCAUCCUGGACCCGAGAGGCAACCUCCUUGGGGAGACGCUGGUAGGGGGGCUGGAGCUGGGGGGUGAUGUGCUGCAGCAGCUGGUGGUGCUGCCCAACGGCUGUG